ACACAUAUUUCCGGGCACCCUGUCAAACUUGAGUUGCGGCACACAUCACUUCCGGUUGAUUUCAGAAGGCGAUCAUGGCUGCGUUUGGAGAAAUGGGCGUGAUGCCCGAAAUCGCCCAGGCUGUUGAAGAGAUGGACUGGCUGCUUCCUACUGACAUCCAAGCCGAGUCCAUUCCCCUGAUCCUCGGCGGAGGAGACGUUCUCAUGGCUGCUGAGACAGGAAGUGGCAAAACUGGGGCUUUCAGCAUCCCUGUGAUCCAGAUUGUGUACGAGACUCUGAAAGAUCAUCAGGAGGGGAAGAAAGGCCGUGCCGCCGUAAAGACUGGAGGAGCAGUGUUUAAUAAAUGGCAGAUGAACCCCUACGACCGGAGCCCAGCAUUUGCUAUCGGUCCUGACGGGGUUUGCUGCCAGAGCAGAGAGUUUAAGGAGUGGCACGGCUGUCGUUCCACCCGGGCCGUGACUAAAGGAAAGUAUUACUAUGAAGUCACCUGCCAUGACCAGGGCUUGUGCAGGAUCGGUUGGUCCACUAGCCAGGCAGCUCUGGACCUGGGUACAGACAAGUAUGGCUAUGGCUUCGGAGGGACGGGGAAGAAAUCCCACAAUAAACAGUUUGAUAGUUAUGGAGAGGAGUUUACUAUGCAUGACACCAUCGGCUGCUACAUCAACCUGGAGAGUGGCCAUGUGUCCUUCUCCAAAAAUGGAAAUGAUCUGGGCUUGGCGUUUGAGAUUCCUCAGAACUUGAGAAAUCAACCCUUCUUCGCUGCCUGUGUUCUCAAGAAUGGUGAGCUGAAGUUCAAUUUUGGGGGAGAGCCUUUCAAAAAUGCCCCCAAAGAAGGAUUCAUUGCUCUGGAUCAAGCACCCGAAGGUCACGUGGUCAAAACUACUCAGACUGGCAGUGCCACAGUGAGUCAAGUGAAAACAACCUCCAAUGCCCCCAAAGCUCUGAUCGUGGAGCCGUCAAAAGAGUUGGCUGAGCAGACCCUCAGCAACGUCAACCAGUUUAAGAAAUACGUAGAAAAUCCCAAACUACGAGAUUUGCUAAUCAUCGGCGGAGUGGCAGCCAAAGAACAGCUGUCCAUUUUGGAAAGCGGAGUUGAUAUAGUGGUAGGCACACCCGGCCGGCUCGAUGAUCUCAUAUCCACUGGAAAACUCGACCUGUCCCAAGUCCGCUUCCUGGUUCUGGAUGAAUGUGAUGGACUGCUGUCAGCCGGCUACACCGACUUCAUCAUGAGGAUCUACAACAAAAUCCCCCAGGUCACCUCUGAUGGAAAGAGACUGCAGGUGAUCGUGUGCUCGGCAACCCUGCACUCGUUCGACGUGAAAAAGCUCUCGGAGAAGAUCAUGCACUUUCCCACGUGGGUGGACCUGAAAGGUGAAGACUCCGUGCCUGAGACGGUCCAUCAUGUGGUGGUCCCCGUCAACCCUAAAAACGACAGGCUCUGGGAAAGGCUGGGCAAAAACCAUAUCCGGACUGAUGAAGUGCAUGCGAAAGACAACACGAGGUCCGGAGCCAACACUCCAGAGAUGUGGUCUGAGGCGAUCAAAAUCCUAAAGGGCGAGUACACGGUCCGGGCAAUCAAGGAGCACAAGAUGGACCAAGCCAUCAUCUUCUGCAGGACGAAGAUCGACUGCGACAACAUGGAGCAACACCUGAUCGCGCAAGGCGGGGGUCCAGAAAAGAAGGGACAUCAGUUCUCGUGUGUCUGUCUUCACGGGGACAGGAAGCCCAAUGAGCGCAAAUACAACCUGGAGCGCUUCAAGAAAAAGGAAGUGAGGUUUUUGAUUUGUACAGACGUAGCAGCCAGAGGAAUCGACGUGCACGGCGUGCCAUACGUCAUUAACGUGACCUUGCCGGAUGAGAAACAGAAUUAUGUGCAUCGUAUCGGCAGAGUGGGCAGAGCGGAGAGGAUGGGCCUGGCCAUUUCUUUGGUCGCCAUGGAGAAGGAGAAGGUAUGGUAUCAUGUUUGUGCUAGCCGAGGCCGGGGCUGCUACAACACCAGGUUAAAGGAGGAGGGAGGCUGCACUAUAUGGUACAACGAGAAAGAGCUGCUGGGAGAAAUCGAGGACCACCUGAAGUGCACCAUCACUCAGUGCGAGCCGGAUAUCAAGGUGCCCUUAGACGAGUUUGAUGGCAAGGUUACUUACGGACAGCGCCGUGCUACUGGAGGUGGUCUCUAUAAGGGCCAUGUGGAUAUUUUGGCCCCCACAGUUCAGGAGCUCGCUAACCUCGAGCGUGAGGCACAGACUUCCUUCCUGCAGCUCGGCUAUCUCCCAAAUCAGCUCUUUAAAGCUUUCUGAGCAUCGCUCUAUCUUCAUUACAGUGUGUGUUAGAUGCCAAAAACACUAAACUAACAGUGUAUUUAAAUCAACAUGAGCAAAAUUUAAUAUUGGAUUCAGUUAAUUAUGAUUUAUUAUGAUUAUUAAUAUUAUUAAUUUACUUUCACAGCAAGUCAUAAAAUGCAUUUGUUGUUGCUAGACAAGUUAGGUUAAAUAUUAAGAUCAAUAAAGUAGACGCGUGCAAACCAU